CCUCCUCCUCUACUACACAUUAAAAGAUAAAGAAGCUCCAGUCCCAGCCUACUCCCACCUCUACAGCCUCCUUCAGCGGUUCUUCUCCUCAGUGAUUCAUCUUGCAAACUAGCAAUCAUGGUUUCCCAUAAGGAGUUUGUUGGUGCAGGGAAGCAGCCAGGGCUGCAGGUGUGGCGUAUCGAGAACUUAGACCUGAAGCCGGUUCCUAAGGCCCUGCAUGGCAGCUUCUUCACCGGGGACGCCUACCUGCUGCUCUUCACCACCUCGGCCCCUUCAUACAACGUACACAUGUGGCUGGGGGACGCAUGCUCGCAGGAUGAGAGCGGAGCAGCUGCAAUCUUUUCCACACAGCUGGAUGACUUCCUGGGUGGUGGGCCGGUGCAGUACAGGGAGUUGCAGAACUCUGAGUCCAAUACCUUUCUUGGAUACUUCAAGUCAGGAAUCAAGUACCAGAAAGGGGGCGUGGCCUCAGGUUUCCAGCAUGUGGUGACCAACGAUAUGAACGUGAAGCGCCUGCUGCAUAUCAAGGGUCGGAGGGCCAUCAGAGCGACGGAGGUGGACAUGUCCUGGACCAGCUUCAACAAGGGAGACUGCUUCAUUGUUGACCUGGGCCAGAACGUCUAUCAGUGGUGUGGCAGUGAGUGUAACCGAUUUGAGAGGCUGAAGGCCUCUGCGGUCAGCAUCGACAUCAGAGAUAAUGAGAGAAACGGCAGAGCAAAACUGCACAUGGUGGAAGAGGGGGAAGAGCCAGCAGCAAUCAUAGAGGCUCUGGGUCCCAAACCCACCAUUGCACCCAGUACUGUGGAUGACGAGAAGGUGGACACCUCCAACAGGAAGAAGGGAGCCCUCUACAUGGUGAGUGAUAUCUCUGAUGCCUCUGGCUCGAUGAAGGUGUCGGCCGUGGCCCCGUCCAGUCCCUUCAAACAGGCCAUGUUGUCUCCUGAGGAGUGCUACAUCCUGGACAACGGGGUGGACAGGAACAUCUUUGUUUGGAAAGGUCCCAAGGCCAACAUGGCAGAGCGUAAAGCAGCAAUGUCAGCGGGCCAGCAGUUCAUCAAAGACAAGGGAUACUCCAAUAAGACACAGAUCCAGGUACUUCCUGCAGGAGCUGAGACGACUUUGUUCAAGCAGUUCUUCAGCGACUGGAAGGACAAAGACGAGACCACAGGCCCCUCUAAGGCCUACACCAUCGGACGCAUAGCCAAAGUGGAGCAGGUGCCCUUCGAUGCCUCCAGCCUGCACUCCAACAAGGCCAUGGCAGCCCAGCACGGCAUGGUGGAUGAUGGAAAGGGCAAGGUCCAGAUUUGGCGUGUUGAGGGUGAAAAGGUGCCCGUGGAUCCCUCCUCCUACGGUCACUUCUAUGGUGGAGACUGUUACCUCAUCCUCUACAGCUACAGAACGGGAGGCCGCGAGCAACACAUCAUUUACACCUGGCAGGGGCUGAAGUGCACUCAAGAUGAGCUGGCAGCUUCAGCGUUCCUCACAGUGAAGCUCGAUGACUCAAUGGGAGGAUCCCCAGUUCAGGUGAGAGUGACUCAGGGUCAGGAGCCUCCACACUUGAUGAGUCUGUUCCAGGGCAAACCCAUGAUCAUCCACAGCGGAGGAACGUCACGCAAAGGUGGACAGUCACAAACCGGCAACUCUCGCCUCUUCCACAUCCGGCAGAGCUCUUCGCGCGCUACCCGGGCGGUGGAGGUGGAGGUCUCUGCUUCCAGUCUGAACACCAACGAUGUGUUUGUGCUGAAGACCCCGAACGCCUUGUAUGUGUGGCGGGGCAUCGGUGCCAGUGAUGAGGAGAUGGAGGCUGCCAAGCAUGUUGAGGGCUUCCUGGGUGGCAGUGCCAAACAUGUUUCCGAGGGCAGCGAGUCAGGUGACUUCUGGACUGCUCUUGGUGGCAAGAAGGAUUAUCAGACCUCCAAGAGUCUGCAGAACACGGUCAACGCCCCGCGUCUGUUUGGCUGCUCCAACAAAACUGGAAGACUUAGUGUUGAAGAAGUACCAGGGGACUUCAAUCAGUCAGAUCUGGCCAUUGAUGAUGUAAUGCUCCUGGAUACCUGGGACCAGAUCUUCCUUUGGGUCGGCAACGACGCUAAUGCAGAGGAAAGGACGGGAGCUCCCAAAAUAGCAAAAGACUACGUGGACUCUGACCCGUCUGGUCGCAGAGGACUGCCCAUCACCACCAUCAAACAGGGAGCAGAGCCUCCAACUUUCACUGGCUGGUUCCAGGCCUGGGAUCCCAAGAUGUGGGAGACGGACCCAUUGGACAGAAUCCGUGCCCGUUUCCAGGCAUAAAACUAAAGGCUCUUUCUACCAGUCUGACUCCUUGGCUGUCCAGCAACUCCUAAUGCAAUUUCAUAUAUCUUGAAUGCAAUCCCUAAGUGCCAAAACCAAUGUUAUCACCGUCGACGACUGUCUUCCUGUCGCAGCAAUAUCUUUAAUUGAUAAAAGUGGUUUAUUGAUCUGUUGCAUCCAACAGCACGUGUCCGGCUAAGCCCAUUAUUUGAAUAGAGAAUAAGAAAAUUGGAAAGGAAGCCAUUUUAGACAGCUGGAGAUAUCCUCUGUUUCUCUCUGCUCUCUUUCACUUCAGAAGACACCUUCAUGCUUUCCUUUCUGCCUGUCUUCACACUCUUGUUUCUCAUACUGAACUAGUAUGUCAAAAAAUAGUUUACCCCAUUACUGCGCGGUGUUUACAUGUGUUGUGUUUUAUCGUUGGUACUGGAAUGAUGUACACUUGCUAGAAAUUGCAUGCUGCAUUUUUUUUUAUCACAUUCUGUGCUUGUGAAUUUUUAAAGGUGUACAGCGGUAUGUACGCCAGUCCGUUGUCUUUUUAUUACUUGACCCUGAAAUGCUUACAUGGAUGGCUUUAAAUAAAACUCCGAGUAUUUCAAACCUGUGUUUUCUAUUU